UUGAGAAUCCGACUGUUCUUCCCCAAAUUGACGACUCUUAAUAAAUUUCAUUACUCUUCCAGAACUUUGGCUCUGCUCCCAUUCUCAUCUUCAUUCAUCAUCGUCAUCUCGACCAAUAUCAAGAGUAGUAGCUGAAGGUGGAAGAGGUAGGAUAGCUGGGAUUUUUAGGAUCGUUCGAGCUGCAGCUACCUUCUCUGGCCGAAAUUCUUUGUAGGUAAUUAACUCGCAUUCUCCUCGUUUUUGUUUCUGAAGUUCGAAAUAUAAAUGAAGAGGAUGAUAAGUAAUGAUCCGAGGUCCAGGGAUUUAGAAUUAGCAUCUUGUUUGAGAAAUUAAUUAUUUCAUUCUUAACUAGUUAUGUUUGGAUUCGAUACUCUUUAGGUCUGGUUUUGGGGGAAAAAAAAAACCUAAAUGGUUUUUGGGGUUAAGUUAGAGUCUGGUCCGUUAAAUGGGAUUUUAGUUUUAGGUUUAGUAGCUUAAACUUCAGGAAUUGGUAAACUGAAGUAGAUGACCAUAUUCAUUACACAGGCUAGAAGUAAGGAGUCGGGAUCGUAAAGGACAUUAGGUAUCGGGACAAGUGAAGUGAGUGUUCUCUUCUGUUUUUUUACAUAAGUGUUCUUGCCGUUUCAUAUUGUAGAAAUGUUUGCACUGUUUUCUUAUGCUAUUUCCUUUACAAAUGAACUGUUUGAAACUUCACUGUGUUGUUUGAAAUAUCAUUCAGAAUCCAGCCUUCAUGAGAAGGCAGCAACAGAAUGCCGUUGGAAACUUCUAUGGUUUCAUAAAUAUUUUGUCCGUAGACUAUUUAAUGCAAUUCAUUGGUUGCUGUCCGCUUAAGAUUCUUUCCCUCUAAAAUGAUUUUAUUAAACGAGGUUGAGUUCUCUAUGAUGAGCUUUUUCUACUAUCACUGAACUACUGCAUUCUCUGUUUUUUCGAGUGAAAAAUUCCUUGAUAAGCUUGCUUUGUUUCAACUUUCUACUUAUCGAGGACUUGAUAUCACACUGUUAACCUACUCUUUGGUUGUCACUCCAUGAGACUGGCUUUCAAAGCUUUCUUAGCUUCUCAAAUAUUUUGCUAGUAAACUACUUUGUGCCGAACUGUUGGUUUUCUUCACUUCUAGUUAUUGUUUCAGCUAAACGUUCUACUGGCAACUUUAUUCUUUGUAUAAGCAAUUCUCAGAAACAUUUGCUUCAUUUGUAAUUUAUUUACCAAGGAGCUCCUGAACUGUUUCUUUAAAUUAGGGUUUCUUCUCCACAGGUGUUCUUCAUAUUUUUACUAAUUUAGGAUAUCUUCAUACCAUACUUGCUGUCAAAGUUCUUCUGUCUCGUUGAUUCCUAGCACGAGCUAGGUAAGCGGUGCAAUGCGACCCUCGUGGUUAUGUUUUUACUAGGUGUCGGGUUGGGUCGUCACGACCAGUACUUUCUUUGCUUAUUAUUAUGUUGAAUGUACCUAUCGCAUUAUGUUCUCUUCCUUUUUGCAGCUAAAUGGAAGUGUGAAUUCUGUUGAUAAAAUGGUUGAAGCAUAAAAGAGAACAUAAUAGUAGAAGCCCCAGAGAUAGAGAAUGAUGAAGUCCAAGAAUUUCAGGAAAAGGGACUCUUUUGCUGAGAACAACAAAAGUGAUUCAGAAGAUGAGCAAGAAAGGAGAUUGGCUUUAGAGGAGGUGAAGUUCCUUCAAAAGCAGAGGGAAAAGAGAUCUGGAAUUCCAGCCCUUCCUAAUGCAGUUGCUGCUGCUGCUCAGGCUAAUGCUUCUCAAACUGGUGGUUUAAUCCGAAAGGGGAGUGAGAAGACUGACGGGGAUGCCGAGAAGGAUGACUUGGUUUUACAGGAUACCUUUGCCCAGGAAACUGCUGUUAUGGUGGAAGACCCUAAUAUGUUGAGAUAUGUAGAACAAGAAUUGGCGAAGAAAAGAGGCAGGCAUAUCGAUGUAGAAAAUGAAGUUGAGAAUGAAGUGAAACGUGCUGAGGACGAACUCUAUGAAAUUCCAGAACAUCUCAAAGUUAAGAGGCGAAAUUCAGAAGAAAGCUCUACGCAGUGGACGACAGGCAUUGCAGAGGUUCAACUUCCAAUGGAAUACAAAUUGAGAAACAUUGAAGAAACAGAGGCUGCGAAAAAGCUCUUACAAGAGAAGAGGCUCAUGGGGCGCCCAAAAACCGACUCGAGUAUUCCCUCAAGCUACAGUGCUGACUACUUUCAACGCGGGACGGAUUAUGCAGAAAAAUUGAGGAGAGAACAUCCAGAGUUGUACAAAGACAAGGAUGGCAAGAGAAACAGUUUGGACCAGAAACCAGCCGAAUCAGGUGGAGGAGUUCAAAGGCAAGCGGCCACUGACGAGUUCAUGCUUGAGAGGUUCCGAAGAAGAGAACGCCACCGAGUGAUGCGAAGAUAAAUGCUGUUGGUUCCAACAACCGUUGUUAAGAUUUUUGCUGGGAGGGUUAAUGAUAGUUUUUCAGUUCAAGGGUAGAACUGGAAAUCAACCUGGUCAUUGGGCCUCAAAAGUGAAGCAUUUUUUAACUUGUGAUGGGAGCUAGUAUCUUGUUGUUUACUACUAAAUUGUACUCAUACAAACACCAUAUUAUUAUCACCUACCAGCAAGGAUCACUUGUUACUCGUUCCCAAGAUGAUUGUGAAACUCAAAAUAGUGCAUCAUCUUCGCUAAAUCCAUUUAACCUUUAAUCCUAAGGGAUGUUGCUCUUUUUCUCAAAAAAAAAUAAAAUUAUAAAUUGGAUAAUCAUUUCAGGAUGGGGGAG